AUUAGCGCUUUGUUGCGUCAAAACACCGGUGUUUGUAUGAGGAUCCAGCCUAAAUAGACAUAACUGGACUAUAAUUAUAAUGGAAAACACAUUCGACUGUCUAUCUUUUCGAUGAAACCGUGGAAAGAAUUUCACGCCCUCUGCACCUAAAAUACUUUCGUGUGUGACAGGCUUUAUUUAUUUACUAUUUGGAGUAAAUUAGACUUGAAACGUAAUCCGAUCGUGAAAGAAACAUUCUUUCCUCCUCCGACUGCAAUCCUUACAUCUUUGCUAUAUCGAAAGCAGCUAUGUCCAAUGAAGAACGUUUGAGGAAACUUUUGUCAGAUUUGGGAAAAGCUACUCUUCGUGGAGUUCGAAAAUGUCCAAAAUGUGGAACUUAUAAUGGAUCACGUGGUCUUUGUUGCAAGAAUAAAUAUUGUGAUGCAGUGUUCAAGGAACCUGGCGAAAAGCGAAAACUAUCGACAGAAGCAUGUAAACUUAUUACAGGCUCGACAGUGCAAGUAUUUUCUGUACGAGUCAAGGAUAAGGGACCUGAUUAUCGUGGUUUUGUACAGUUACCAAUGAUAAAUUCUACUAUUUCAAAUGAUAUUACAACGCUUAUUUCACAAACUGCAUUGUGUUUCGUGGACAGUUGUGAGAGGAGUUUCCAUACCAGUGUUCUCAAAUGUCAUGAGAAAGAUUAUUCAAAUACCAUACUCACAUGCCAGCACAUUCAAGCAGCAUUAAAGUGUUAUGCGGAAGCACAGCCAUUAACUUUGAAAAAUUCUGUUUUAUCAUCAUGGAAUGUAAAUAAUGAAACAAAGCAAGAGAUAUGGUUGUUGGCAACAGAAACUUCUGGUCCUCUAGUACAAAGAGUUUCAAAGAAUAUAAUGGCAGUGAAAUGUAAAGCUUCCUCGAAACAUCCCUUAGGCUAUCUUCAUUUCUUUUUUGUUAGUAAAUUAAAAGAUAGAAUAGAACAUCGUUACUUCUGUAAUUGUACUACAUUUAAAGGUACAACGAAAAUAGGUGGAGAUAAAGUCGAUGGUACUUCAUUAUCGCAACCAAAACGAUGCGUACAUUUUUAUGCAUGCAUUUGUGCUUUUGCUAGUGAUCCAAAGCUAUCUGACGAAUUUAGUUAUUAUGUAAAUCUUGAUCAAAUGCAAUCUAGUAUAGAAAAACCUCUUGCAACCAUAGUGCAAAAUGAACUGGAAGAUAAGAUUGUUGAAAUUGAUCUGGAUAGUCUAACCGCAGAUGAAACUGAUACACAUCUAUUAAUUUUUCGUGAUGAUACUUUAACUGUACAAAGUUUGGAUGGAAAUAAAUUAGAUUUAGAUUCUAUGAAUUUAGAUUCUUCAAUUUUAUCGCAUGGCAUUGUUGAAAAUAUAGAAGUGGAAUGUGAUCGUAGUUUAUUAGACGAUAAUAAUAUAGUAUCGCAGGUUCAUAAUUUAGAAGUAGUUGAUCAAAAUGGUGUCUAUCUGGGAGGAGGCAAUACGAUAAAGAUACUGGAUGAUCAAGGAACAAUUGAUACAAAAUACAAUGUAUUGAAUAAUAGUCAGUAUGUAUUAAACGAUAACAUAAAAAUUUUGGAUCCAAAUAUGUUAAAGGUUCUUGAUACUAAUACUACUGUUUUGGACGUGACUAAUGCAAAACUUGUUGAUAAUAAUACUACUUUAAAUAAUAGUAUAAAACUAGUUGAUAGAAAUGCAGUAGUACAUUAUAAUAACAAAAGUAUGUCAAAUCCUGAAGUUAAUGCAGCACAACCAACAAUUUCGACGAAACGAAAAAGAGACGAGAAGCAUGUAAACAGUAAUUUAAAUUUGAAUUCAAUUGAGCCGAGAAAGACGAAGACAAAAUCGCAAAUUGUUAAGAAAUAUCAAAAUACUUGUGAUUAUUUAGAUGAGACCAGCACAAACUUGCCAUUUAUUAAAUGGCUUGCUUCAAUAACUGAGCGAAUAAAUCAGACGAUGCAUUUUCAAUUUGAUGGCAAACCUGAUCCCCUAGUAUUCCAUGUACCGCAGAUAUUCUUCGAUUGUUUACGCGAACGAAUAUCUUGCGGCGGCAAGAAGAAACGCUUGCCUAAUUCAACAACAGCGUUUGUUCGGAAAGAUGGAGUACCACUGGGAACGUUUACUAAAUACACAUGGCAGAUUACAAAUAUCUUACAUGUAAAAAGUAUCUUUGAGACGCCAUAUAUACCUUUAGAAAUAACGAGAAGUUUCGUGCAGAAUGCAGAUGGAACGUAUGAAUUAUAUAAACGAGAAGAAACAGAAAUAGAUCGUUUCAAAAAAACAAAUAAUAAUGCAUUAAUUAAACCAUUAGAGUUGAAAACAUAUCUAAAAGUGGGAAAUACUUCUCCGAAUCAAGUCGAACCUACACCAUUCUUAAUAGAAUGGAUACCAGAUAUUUUGCCAAUUUCGAAAAUCGAUGUAUUUUGACAAUCUCGUAUGACAAAAAAAAGCACAUUUCGUGAGACUCACGAACAC